AUGACGUGUCCCUCGACGGCCCAGCCACCACAGAAUGUUGGUAGUCACAAUGGAUAUGUGCCAUAUACUGGGAAUUCUGCUGCUAUUUCAUCAUCCCCACAACCCAACAACAAACGAAAGCGAGGCGAUAACGGUCUAUAUCAGAAGACUCCUCAAGCCUCGAUACCCACCCAAACCGUACCCCCGAACGCGAAACCCCAGAGGGCGAAAGUCGCCACAGCACCAGCCGUUCCGAGCUUUGGGUUUACCUUACCAACCGUUGCUCCAGCAGUACCACAACCUGCUGAUGCUAAGAAAGAAGGAGAGAAGAAGAGGAAGAAGAUACAGCUGGGCCUGACUGGAAAGGAGGUAGAUAUGGACGAUACGAAGAGUGUCGGCGAACAGGAGGAGAACGAUGAGGGUAUUGACGAAGAAGCCGAACUAGCAUUGAAGAUGGGCGUGCAAGGGAUGGCCUUUGAGCAUAACGGCAUGCAAAUCUCGCUGCAGACACCGGCCGAGAUUACCGCAUGGUUGCGGGACCGAAGAAAGGAGUAUCCCACGAGGCAGAGAGUUGCCGAAAAGGCGCAAGAAGCCGCAGAGAGGAGAGCGAAAGAACUUGAGUUUCUGCACAAAGUACAGGGAGGGAAAACAGUCAAAAAGGAACCGCCUGAUAGUAGCAUCGUAUCAACGCCGGCAACGGUCGUUCCUCAAUCGUCCUCGGGAACGAAAGCAGAGAUCCUUCAGGAGCUGCGUGCCAAGGUCGAAAACAGUAGACCUGGUAAACAAAAACCAUCAGAUCCAUCAAAUCCAACUGCAGUCGAUCUUGGUCUCGGCUAUGCGAGUGAUUCUGCAUCCGAGUCGGGUUAUAGCAUUCUGGAUGAAGAGUCCUCUGCCGUUUCGUCCAGCUCGGAGGACUCUGACGAAUCGAGUGACGACACGGACUCGGAUUCUGGUCCAGAGACACAGUCGUCGAAGGUGGAAGUUCCGGCUAUCGUGGUUCCACCACCUGCACCCGCUCAUGCACCAGCUCCUCCACCCACUCCUGCUCAAACUUCGCUGAAUGUGGAGAAAAACGAAGAACGGCGCAUAUGUUCUAGCUGGAGAAAUAACGGUUCUUGCAGAUACGGGAAACAUUGCCGUUAUGCUCAUCCACCGAAGACGAAGGAAAAGCGUAUGGGACUCUAUGAGCGAUUGGUUGAACAAGAGAAGGAUAAGGCGGACCGUCUGGCUCUUGACGCUAUCAAGUGGCUGGGUCGUAACGGAUUUUUAGGUUGA